AUGGCUCAUUCUGAAAAUGAUGUUGAUUUACUCUCAUUCACAUCUGGCACAGAAUCGAUACUCAAAGAUGAUAUAACAUCGACAUCAAAAUGCACUACGACAUGGCAUCAUUUAGCAUCUACAUAUCGCGAUGAUCAAGCGCUAACAUCUGUCACAUCUUCACCAUCUUCCUAUUACAAAAAAUUACCUGAUCCACCAUCAAUUACAAUGAUGCAGCUAUUGUCCGCAAAUAAUUUCAAUGCACCGUGGUUAUUUACAUCUAUUCGAAAUAAACUAUCGAGAAAACACAAGAACAGAAAACAUCAUAAAAAAUCGAAAGUAGACAAAUCAUUGUCUCAACAGACAUUAUCAAUACUAUUAGAUAAUAAUCGUAGAACGGUAAUAGAAAGAAUUAGCAGCGGUAGCGAAGAACAUUUAUUACGACCAAUUAGUCGAGAUGGUACAACAGGAAAAUGGGUAGUAAAUGAAAAACAAAUUGCACAUACAGAUGAUUCAUCAUUAAUAGAACCUAUGAACCCUAUUGCUUAUGGUCAAUUUAACAUAUCUCGUGCUUUGUCCACUUCCACGAUAAAUCCGCUGCCAUAUUCAACGGAUGACUCACUUCAUUUACGUUAUUAUCACUAUGAUUUUCCUCAAAUGGCUGCUCCAAUCACUAACACAGCUUCAUCAUCAAUUUACGUUCCAAAGCAACAGUCGAUCAAAGAACAAGGACAGGAAGCAGUGAUCGAUUUUACAUCUGUUGCAUCCAUGAUUAAAACUACGCUCAACUCUACACCGAAUUUGGAACUCGUUGUUGAAUCUGAAGAGCCGACUCUCGUCCAUGGUAAUUCGGCCACUCAUCAACGAGCUAAAGGUCAAAAAUCCCAAUCAGCUUCUACACGUAAACAAAGUCGAAUAGGAAUACGUCAACAACAGGAAAAAAAGACGGCGUUAACCACGAGAAAAAAGAAACGCUAUAUAGAGCGUGAAUUAACUCAAGAUGAACGCGAUUUACGUGAAGCUUUAAGAAUUGUUGAUUUAGAUAAUAUUGGGUUUUUUACACCAAAUGCUCUAGAAAAAGUUUUGAAAGAAGUAGGUAUAUCUCAAGGCGAUAUUGAUAAAAUCGAACGAUGCUUACCACAAGAUGAAGAUGGACAUUAUAGUAUUGAUAAUGUUGUCAAAUUAUUGUUAGUUUAG